AAUAACCUAUCCUACCUACUUACUUUAUCAGUCAACGGAGAUAACAUUUCAUUAGUUUGUGUUCGACGGCGUAAAUGACAGCAGCCAACAAUAGAAGAUGGCGCGCAAAAUAACACAUAUAUUGAACAAUAUUGAUAGGUUUUCCUAUUCCUUUGAAGUAACUCCAAACGUGACAGAAGAAGAAUUAAAUAAUAUUAAAUUAGAACCAGCAUUUUAUGCUAUUACAUGGCAUGCCAAAUUGUAUGAUUUUAAUAAUCUAGAUAUCCAACCACUUAAAUUGGCUGAGACUUUAGCUAGUAAAAAUAAAAAUGUUUUACUCAACUUAUCGUGUCAUAAAUUGAGGAAAGAAUAUUUAUAUAGAGUGCUAGAUUUUCUGAAAUCUAAAGGAAUUUGUAAUUUAUUUAUCAUUCAAGGAGAGGGUUACGACGAAGACUUAUCCGAUUUCAAGUCUACGUCGGAUUUAGUCGAAACUAUACGUGAUCAUUCAGGAAUUUUUUUCUCUAUUGGUGUGGCUGGGCAUUGCGAGAAAUUGGCCACAAUAGAAAGCCUAAAAGAAAAAAUCAGCAGGGGCGCAGAUUUUAUUAUGACCCAGGCUUUUUUUGACCCUAAUGUAUUCAAAUCAUUUAUAGCUAAUUGCAAAGAAGCUGGAAUCACAACGCCUAUAAUUCCAGGUGUAUUUCCAUUCGAUAACCAAGACGAAGUUGAGAAAUUUAUAAGUUUGUGUAAAAUUCAUAUUGAUGCAAAAAUCAUGGAUGAUAUAAAAAAUCAACCCAGCGAAGAAGUUGUCAAGAAUUUAGUCAAUCUGAUUUACAACGAAACAGAUGUGAAGCAUUUCCAUUUCUUUACAAUGAAUAAAUUUGAAAAGACGUCAAAAGUUAUCAAUGGACUAUUGCCUUUAUAUAGAGACACGAAGUUUUAAUUAAAAAAAUAAGCCAGAUAAAUUGUUCCGUUUGCCAUGUAUAAAAUAAAUUUUAACUUACUGGCC